CCUCCGCAACCCUGAACUUUUUCUUACUUCCGUCGCGCUUCACAUGCUUAUUCCCUUUCUUUUUCGUGCAUAGCCGCUUUGAACUUGUCCCUCCUUGGCAUAUGAUUGAUUAGCUUGUUUUCACUCUCCCCUGACUCGUAACACUCUGGCCCGUCAUACGCAAGUUGUGGCGGCCCGUGUCUGUUCUGUUUGAUGUUAACCCGCCGACUCGGAGCCAGCAUCUCCUUGUUUGAUGCCCUCCUGUCCCCACCGCGGAGAUCAUCCCGAUGCUGCCAUUCUUCAUCCUCCGUGGUGUUCGGUAAUGGACCCGACUGCGCGCUUCGCGGUCGUCUCGUCCCAAUCACCCGUCCUCCUGUCUUGCCCUUGGCCGGAUUCGUUCCAACAACAACGUCAGUCCGGGGGAAGAAGACCAAGACCUCCCUGAGGAUCCAGGACUUGCCACAGGGCAGGGUGCAUGUCGACGCGCAGCCUUCUACCAUUCCGAACUCCGAAGAUGCCGCUGCCGCUGCCGCUGCCACUGCCACGGCUGCUGCUGCCGCCCGCUCUCCCGCAGAGCCGGCUGAGAUCCAGGAGCCUGCUUAUCCCACCGUCCUCCUCCAAGCCCGGAGAAACAUGCAAAAGUUUGCCAACUGCGUCCUCCUCACCCGACUUGGCGGCUUCUACGAACUCUACUUCGAGCAAGCUGACGAGUUGGGCCCCCUUUUGAAUCUCAAAGUGGCCCAGAAGAAGACAAAUGCCGGGCCUGUUUCUAUGGCCGGCUUUCCCUUCUUCCAGCUUGAUAGGUUCCUCAAGAUCCUCGUCCAAGAUCUGAACCGCUAUGUCGCUGUGGCCGAGGAGUUUCCCAAUAACGCCCCGGACAAGAUCAAGUCCGGGGGUCUUAUGCAUGAUCGGAGAGUCGCUCGGAUCAUCACCCCGGGGACGCUGAUCGAUGAGAACUUUAUGGAUCCCUAUGUCAAUAACUUUGUCUUGGCUAUCCACGCAUCUCCGCUGGGCGAAACGCCACCAUCUGCACUGCCGGCAGCUACACCGGAGACCAAGACCAUUGGCCCGUCCCCUUCUUCCCUGCCUGCAGCGGCUGCUUUGGACUCCUUGCCUCUAGGACUAGCCUGGCUGGAUCUCUCCACGGGUCAGUUCUUUACCCAGGCCGCUGACCUCUCUUCUCUAUCUUCUGCGCUAUCCCGCAUUUCCCCCAGGGAGGUCGUCCUUGACAAGGAUUUGCAGUCCAACCGAGACCAUGGCUUGUUCUCCGUCCUGGCCGAAGAUCGCCAUCUCGUUACCUACAGUCCCAUGGGCGAGAUGACGUCUCUCGCCGACUGGGUGCCGUUGCUCGAAUCCGAAAUCCCCUCCGACACCGCCCGGGCAUUCACGAACCACGAGGUGGCGGCCGGUAGUCUCCUCCUCCACUACGUCAAGGACCGCCUCCAGGGCACGAGCAUGAAGCUCCAGCCCCCACUCCGCCAUGAGGCCAUGCAGAUCAUGAGCAUCGACAAGAACAGCAUGCGCGCUCUGGAGGUCAAGCAGACCAUCCGGGAUGGCUGGUACCGCGGGAGCUUGCUUCACGCCAUCAGACGCACCGUGACCAAGAGUGGCACGAGGCUGCUGAACGAGUGGUUGAGCGCACCUUCUACCUCGCUCGAGGUUAUAGAGUCCCGGCAAGAGCUCGUUGCGCGCUUCAUCGCCCACGGCGAUCUGCGCGAUGUCAUUACCCUCUUGCUACGACGGACCCACGACUCGCAGCGCCUCGUGCAGAAGUUCGCCCUCGGAAGAGGAGACCCGGACGACCUGCUGGCCCUCGCCGCCACGGUAGAUGCAACCGAGGGCAUCGCCAAUUGGCUCACCAAGCCAUCUCCCGCCCCAACAGCGGAUACAACCGCCGAUACAGACACAGACACACAUUGUUGUCUCUCUACCAUGGCCAGCCGCCUCAACCUCGAGGAGCCGCUCAAAUUGGCACGCCGUAUCCGAGAGGCCAUUGACGAGGAAGGCAUCGUACACCAGCAUGAAAUUGAAGACGGCGAGACCAACCAGAUGAUGGCCCUCGCGCAGGACAUCAUCAGCGCCGAGGGCUCCCCCGACGACGUAGCCGCCGCCCUCCCCAAAGGGGCGGCCAAGAAGAGCGCCAAGGCACGCCCGACCUCGGUGCGCGAGCACUACGCCAACGACAACGAGGCCUGGGUCAUGAGGCCGUCCGCCAGCCCCUCCCUCCGCCGCCUGCACGACGAGCUCGCCGCCCUGCACGCCGAGAAGGCGAACCUCAUCGAGACCCUCCGCGAGCGGCACGACGCCGCCAGCCUGACGCUGCGCUGGACCCCGGGCCUCGGCCACAUCUGCCACGUCCGGGGCAAGGACGCGCGGGCCCUCGCCGUCGCCGACGUCGGCCGCUCCAUCUCCGCGAGCCGUUCGACCCGGUCGUUCCACCUCCCCGAGUGGACCGCCCUCGGCCAGCGCCUCGACGCAGUCCGCGCCGCCAUCCGCGUCGAGGAGCAGGCCGUCUUCCAGGCCCUCCGCGAAUCGGUCGUCCUCAACCUCGUCAAGCUCCGUCGCAACGCCGCCGUCCUCGACGAGCUCGACGUCGCCACCUCUUUCGCCCGCCUCGCCCUCGAACAGGGGCUCUCCCGCCCGCGCCUCAACCACUCCACCGCCACCACCAUCAUCGGCGGCCGGCACCCCACCGUGGAAGGGGGGCUUCGCGAGCAGGGCCGCUCGUUCGUCCGGAACGAUUGUCUCGUGGGAUCCGGGUCCGCCCACCACGGAAGGCUCUGGCUCAUCACGGGUCCGAACAUGGGCGGCAAGAGCACCUUCUUACGGCAAAACGCCCUCAUCACCAUUCUGGCCCAGGUGGGAUGCUACGUCCCCGCCGACUACGCGGAGCUGGGACUCGUGGACGCCAUCUUCAGCCGCGUCGGGUCCGCGGAUAACCUGUACCGCCACCAGAGCACUUUCAUGGUGGAGAUGCUGGAGACGGCGCAGAUCCUACGCGCCGCGACGCCGAGGUCCUUUGUCAUCAUGGACGAAAUCGGCCGCGGCACCACACCCGAAGACGGCGCCGCCGUCGCGUUCGCCAGCCUGCACCACCUCGUCACGGUGAACAAGUGCCGUUCGCUGUUCGCGACGCAUUUUCACUCCGUGGCCGACCUCGCUGCUGCGUCAGGGCUGUGUGGUGGCCCCGACAGCGGCGGCACGGGCACAGGUGGCCAAGUUGAAAUGUAUUGUACAGACGUUGAGGAGGACGAAACUGGUGCUUUUGUUUAUGUACACAAGCUACGGAAGGGUAUCAACAGAGAGAGCCACGCGCUCAAAGUGGCGCGCUUGGCAGGGCUGCCCGAGGCGGCAAUUUGCGUCGCGAAGGACGUCUUGGAGAAGCAACAAACAACACUACACACAUACGAGCAUGGAUAUGCACAAGGUCAGCACCGGAGUCCUGCAGAAGUGGUGUCUUCUGCUGGUUAGGUCAGCUUCUUAAUCAGAGUCGAGUGGGUGGGUAAUUGGGUUCUGUUUUUGAUGUUGGUUAGCCUCAGAUACCCCCAACAACAACAAGUAUGCAAAAGCAAAAGAAAAUGUAAAAGAGGCCUCCCUCAUAGGGUUGUUGUGUGUAUGGUGUCAUCAAGAAGAGUCAGGGUUAAAAAGCUCUGUACAUGUUGA